AUGCCCAAGGCCAAGGGCAAGACCCAGAGGCAGAAGUUCGGUUACAAUGUCAACCAAAAGCAUCUGAACCGGAAUGCUGGGCGGAAGGCAGCGCCGCGGAUCGAGUGCUUCCACAUCCGACACGCCUGGGACCACGCUAAAUCGGUGCCGCAGAACCUCGUCGAGAUUGGGUUGGCUGUGGACCCCAACAAGGCGGUGCCCCUCUGUAAGAGAAAGGUGAAGGCCACGGAGGUGGACAUAGAGGAGAGGCCUAAGGAGCUUGUGCGGAAGCCCUAUGUGCUGAAUGACGUGGAGGCAGAAGCCAGCCUUCCAGAAAAGAAAGGAAAUACUCUGUCUCGGGACCUCAUUGACUACGUAUGCUACAUGGCGGAGAACCACAGGGAGGACUAUAAGGCCAUGGCCCGCGAUGAGAAUUACUAUCAAGAUACCCCAAAACAGAUUCGAAAUAAGAUCAAUGUCUACAAAUGCUUUUACCCAGCAGAGUGGCAAGACUUCCUCGAUUCUUUGCCGAAGAGUAAGAUGGAGGUUGAGUGA